UGUGAAUGGCCCUGUAGUCUUCUGGGACCUGUCACGUCCGCAAUCUUUGGUCAUCUGCACUAUGUCUGCAGUCUCUUGUCAUCUGUACUAUGUCCACAGUCUCUUGUCAUCUCCUGUACUGUGUCCACAGUCUCUGGUCAUCUAUUGUACUAUGUCCGCAGUCUCUGGUCAUCUCCUGUACUAUGUCUGCAGUCUCUGGUCAUCUGUACUGUGUCCGCAGUCUCUGGUCAUCUCCUGUACUGUGUCCGCAGUCUCCGGUCAUCUCCUGUACUAUAUCCGCAGUCUCCGGUCAUCUCCUGUACUAUGUCUGCAGUCUCUGGUCAUCUUCUGUACUGUGUCCGCAGUCUCUGGUCAUUUGUACUAUGUCCGCAAUCUCUGGUAAUCUCCUGUACUAUGUCCUCAGUCUCUGGUCAUCUCCUGUACUAUGUCCUCAGUCUCUGGUCAUCCCCUAUACUAUGUCCUCAGUCUCUGGUCAUCCCCUGUACUAUGUCCUCAGUCUCUGGUCAUCCUCU